GUCCGCAUAAUAACUAUUUUUGGUAGUGUACACAAAAAAAAAUAUUUAAUACACCAUAGUCUAUACGCAAAAACCUCUUAUUCUAUGGCAAAAACAAACAAAAUAGGUACCAUAAAAAUCGUAUGUAACUUACUUUGCAAAAUCUUUUUCUCCAGAGUCCUUAACAUUCCCUCUGAAUACUUAUUCCAUGUUAACCAAUCGGGGCUAAACCAGCUGUGAUUAAAGAAAACCAUAAAUUAAUGAGUUUAUAAAAAUUGAUAAAUUUCGAAAAAACACAAAAGUUAGGUUAUGUUACGUAACUCGGAAGUGCUCACCCGAAGAUAUAAAUAAAUGUUUUGUAAUAGAAAUUGGACAAAGCAGCUAAAAUCGCGAAAAGUGUGGGCAAUACAAACUUAAAAACGACUUCCUUCAUAUCAAACGUAUAAUUUUGAAUAUGUCACUUUUUCACUUGACAUUAAUCUGAGUCGCAAAAGUACCGUAAAGUUUAUCUGUGCAUAUGUAAACAAAGAAAAAAAGUUACCUUGAAGUCUGAUUUGCCUUUGCUAUUUGGGAAUCGGCAUUUUUCUCAACGAGGGACAUAAUUACAAAUUUUUACAAACAGGGCACGGUCUUAACCUCACUAACACUUAAAUUGAUAUGAACAUAAAUCUCUUAUUGUUUUAGAUAAAUAACGGCUCGUUCGUUAGUCAUACUCGGAAUUUGGACCUCACAAUUCACAUUGUUCAUUUGAUUAAGAACAUUAAAAAACAGAGACGUAUUAAGUAAGGCUGAACUUAUUUGAUGAUUUUUCCACCCACUCAUAGCAUCAGCCAAAGCUGAAUAUUAAAACGUCAUUAUUUAUAAACAUGAACGAGAUAAGACACAACCUUGACUUGCAUUUUAAAAAAUAACAAAUUUCCUCGUAUUUUGUGAGCAAAACACGUGCUUAUCAGUGUACGAUUCAAGAACCGAUUGUUUAGAGGUGUAGAAAAUUAAGUCAAGGUUAAUUUGCCCAAAUUGGCAAAUGUCAACUGAAUCUAACACACAUUUCUCAGUAAAUAAAGUAAAGUUAAACUGAAACCUAGUCAGUGCUAAAGUUGCCAGUAAUAAACUUUAAACCUUGACAAAUUCGUGGACCCCUACGUAAUAAAAAGAGGAAAUGCGUGACAACUUAGUUAAAAAAACAGAUUGUUUUAAAUUUGUGAACGUGUAAUACAUAGUUGGUUGAAUACUGAAGAAUGUCAUAUUUUCAUUUUUUAUUAACAUUUAUUAAAAUAGAAUUAUGAUUCAACAUUAGAUAAACUCUGUACCUAACCCAAGCUUCUUUCAUGCAGGCAAAAAAUGCUAUACUUUAUUAAACUUUGAUCUCCAAUUAUUGCUUGUGUUUUAUUAUAACGAUAAGCAAUGUCAAGGUGCAUCAGUUUGCUAAAUAUUUAUCUUUGGGGAUCAGAUGAUUCAAAAAGAUAAAUUAUACUCUUGAAAAAUCGACUAAUCAGGAUUUUUUACAGUUUUUAUAAAACUUCGACAAAAAUAUGAAAUGAACAACAUUUUAUAAACCAUCAGUAAUAAUUUAUUGCUCUUGAUUCAUCAGUUUGUUACAUCUAUAUUAGUAUAUAAUACUGUGAAUUUGUGGUUCUUAAAUAUAGUAGUCUACUCUUUAAAAACUUAUACUAAGGCUUUAUUCAUUAAUGAUUGAAAUACUAUGAUGUGGCAAUCUGUGUUUCUGUUAUAAUUUCUUCCUCCUCUUGUAUAUUGUCAUUUUCAGGUACUACUAGUGCGUUUGACUUAUUAGUCUCGGUAAAGUUGCAAACAUCAACUACAAUCUCAUUAAAACAUUCAGGAUUGUCUGCAUGUACAUGAUGUCCAGCAUCCUUAAUAACUUCUAAUCUAACAUAAGAAUUUUGCCUCAUCUCUUUUAGUUUUUUUCCUACUGUUUUAUCCAUCCAAGUGUGGGACCCAUUCAUUACUGUAAUUGGUACUCUACUGUCUAGUUUAUGUAUCCUAUUCAGCAUCGGGUUUUUAGCCCAUCCAAAACCUUUGAUCAUCUUAUGGAAGGCUGUCUCUCCCCUAAAAAUGGCCAACUUACAACUAGUUACAUUGCUUUUGGUAAAUAAUUACGUGGGUUUUUGUGAGUUACACUGAUAAAUGUAAUCAGUUAUAAUCUCAUGGUUUUCUAAACGACCAGCAUAUUUGUGCGAAAUGUCCGACCGCAUCUUUUUUACAAUCCAAGGACCUAUCAAAACCAACAAUUAUCUCAAGCAAAACUAUACUUUCAUGUGAAUACAUACCAAAAGGCCCCGCUGCUCUAAGAGUCGCUAAAGGAUUAAAGGCGGUAAAUGGGUACAAAACAAUUCCUAAAGUUUUCAUCCAAAGCGGCGGGUUAAAAUCCGAUGGUCUCUCAACAAAUCCCCACGGAUCAGCUAAGAUCAAAUGUUUCACUUGAUUGGGAUACGAAAUUGUGUAACUGGUAGCUAAAUAACCGCCCAGGCUAUGCCCUAGUAAAAUAAAUUGAUCUAAUUUGACUUCUUUCCGCCAUUUUUCAAUGGAGUCGAUAAAUUCUUGUUCAGCUUCUAGGCCGUCGUUGCUGAAUUCUGGUCUUGAGGAUCGCCCAAAACCUGCACAUGUAUUAUUUAUUACCAAUAUUCAAAAACUUAGGGAUGUUUACCCAAAAUGUCAAUGGCAUAAACAGGUCGGUUGGCCGCCAAAGAAUCCAAAUUCAAACACCAGAACCCAACGCCAGCCCCAAAACCGUGGAGGAGGACCAGAGGAAUGUUUUUUGAUUCCGUGUUCAUGGCAAUUGUCCAUAUUUUUGCUUUAAUGUUUGGUUUAUGGUCAAUUAGAACAUGCCAACCUUUAUAUGCAGUAUUCAAAACUAAAAAAGGAAUUUCAUGACUGGCAAAAUUUGAAACUUUUUACCUUCAAAGAUUUUCUUUUCGAGGGAGAUAAGCUUGCUUUCAGAAAAUUUAAUCCAGCCACAUUUUUCUUGAUUUUCGGUGAUUGUUGACAUUGCACUAGAAUUUUGAUUUUUGAUUUUUCUUGAUAUAACCUAACUUUUCCUACUGUUACUAUUCAAAAUGCUUCAUUGAUCUGAGCUGUUUUUAGAUUAAAUAUAAUACAGUGUGAUUUGGUUGUUGCAGAUAACGACAUAAUAAUAGUGAUUCAGCAGAAUUUCUCCCAUUAAACGCUGAAAUCAUCCAACCAAACCUUUUAUUAUUUUUGUCGCUUCAAAUUUUAAGGGCAAUACAGGCAAUAUUAAGAAGAUUUUUUUUGGCUUAAACUUAUUUUAAUUGCUACUAUGCUAGGCCCACAUUUCAACAAACAUAACGACCGUACCUAUUUCCAAAAACAAAAUUCUUAUUGUGCAUACCUAUCCCUAUUCAAUAAAAAAAAGAAUAUAAUUUAUUCAAAGUACUUAUUUUUCCACGUUGUUUAUUACUUCAAAUACCAUCCGUUAGAAAAAAAUAAGCAAUCAUUCUCAAAACUAUAACCUUUGAUGACCUCACGCAGCCGUAGUUGUAUAAUAUAUAUAGACUGUUCUAAAAUGACAUGUAGAGGUACACUUUCAAGUUCAAUCAAAAAGUUUACUUUAAUUUAUUAUUUUUUUUAUUAAUUUCUUUUUUUACGUUACUUUUAAUGUAUACCUACUUCAUAAAAGAAAUAAAUAUAGAAAUCUUUUAUUGUUCAGUGGUGAUUCUCACCAUGUGUUGUUUGAUCGAUAUUAUGUACCUCUACUUAUGUAUCUACAUUUUUAAUUAGUUGCACCCGAUGUAGUGGGUAAAUGCACCAAGAUUAACAAAUAAAAAAUUUGAAUACAAUUAUAGUGAGAUAAUCUAGAUUAAACCUAAUGGAAAAACAUCUGACUGAAGUGGAUUGUUUAGGAACGAGGUAUUUUUGCAAUUUUUAAUAAUGAAACUAGACAAGUUUGAUAAGAAGAGUAUUUAUAAACUAAACUAUUUUUAUGUAAGAUUUAAUAUUAUCAAUUUAUCCAGAAUUUAAUGUGUUAAUUUUUGCCCGGCGCAUCCACCAUUAAUUUAAUGUUAUUUUCGAAUAUUAUAGCUCAAACGCUGAAGGAGACACGGUUUAUUCUUAGUACGACUUAAUUCAAAAUCUCACAGUUUCUCAUUUAGAAAAGUUGCAAAAUGAAUUUCAAAUCAAAAAUGAAAAUAAAACCUUUACCAAAGAAGAGUUUUUUACGACAAUCAAUGACAUUUUCGACAAUUCAAAUUACUCCCAAGCCAGUAUUGCAUUAUACGAACAAAUAGAAAAAACCGGUGAAUCACAAAUCAGUUGGAGCAAAUUUGUGGAAUUUUUCUUAGAAAAUUUAAUGCCCACAGAUCACAAAACAAUCAAUUUUCAAGUAUCAAGUAUUAUUGCCAUUCCUCAAACUAAGAGAGAAACAAUAAUUAAAAUUGUUCUAAUAGAAACUGAAAAAUAUUUUUGCUACGCUGUAAUAUCUAAACAUGGCAGGAUCGGUUUAUACGACGGCAAUAUUAAUUUUUUAACAACAUACCAGUUAAUAAUGACUCGAGAAGAUAUUUACCGGAAAGAGGAAGACCGAAGAAGGAGGAACAGAUGGGUUACGGAUGCAAUUUUUUGCGCAGAUGUUUUAAUGUUUAUUGUGACUAACACGGCAAGAAGUGUGGUAAUUUAUGAAGCUUCUGGACUUAAACAUGUACCGCUAUAUCUUAUUUUGAGUACACCUAACAUUGUUCAAUGUUUUGCUUACAAAAGUAGCAACUGUGAUGAAGAUGGCCAAAGUACUCUUUUUAUGGGAGAUGACAAAGGCAUGGUUUUCUCGUUUGCAUUUUUGCAGCCCAAGGCGGCACUGUUGAGGAAAAAACACAAUGAUAAAAUUAAUUUAUUCUACUGGGAUGAGUUAACAGAUGAAAGUGAUUACAUUAUUGUUAAACGUAAUGGGCGACCACAUCAAGAGAGUGUGAAACGGCUAAUGUAUUUUGAUGAUAAUGAAACUCUUAUUUCUUGCAGCAAAGAUUCCGGUGUGUCAAUAUUGACGCAUUAUAUAGGCAAUAAAAAUAAACCUUACAUUUUUAAGAUACCAAAAGGAUGUAACUGUUUUGCACUAAGCAGGAUGCGUAAAAUACUGGCGACAGGAAGCGAAAAUAGUAUACUCAGAUUAUGGAAUCCUAUCAUUACUUCGAAACCUAUAGCAAUUUUAAAAGGGCACCAAGCACCGAUUGUAGAUGUUAAAAUAUUGGAUAAGCAAAAUUUACUUAUUAGUUGUUCAGCUGAUGCAAUGUUUAAAUUGUGGGAUUUAGAAAAACAAAAGUGUAUUCAAAGUUUUUCUAUCACUUUCCCAUCUUUUAAUGUGUUUGGAAAAUUAAUUGAAUGGGGAAUUGAAUCUAUUUAUCCUGGUCCCAAGCGCACUUCUUUCAAUGAGACUAAUAUCGAACUUUUUGAAAGAUCACCAAUAUUAAUUACUUGUUGUAAUCAUAUCGCUGUUAUUAAAAUUCUAAAUCAAAGCGAUGAAAUACAGAAAAAAAUUGAAUCACAAGUGUUGCCCCCACCUCCUCUACAAAACAGUGUUUUAAUUCCCAAAAUGUGGAGAACGUCUGAUAGUGUCGAAAUAAUAAAUAAUAAAGAAGAACCAGUUGAAAUUGAUAAAAAAAUUCUGGAAAAAAAACUAAAAGACUUGGAAUUCAUACUUAAAAAAGAUCUGUUUGCAAACAAUGGAUCAAGUAAAAGCGAUAUUAAUUUCAAGAUUGCUACAUUAGAACGAAAAAAACUGCUGAUGCAAGAAAACGUUGCACGUGGUGCUCCGUAUUUGGCUCUGGAAUUACUCGAAGUAAAGGAUAUUUACCUAACACCAAAUCUGCCCGUACCCGAAAAAAAGAAAACGAAAAAUAUUGUUGAAAAAAUUGAAAAAGUUUUGCAAGACGCAAGUUACAGGGAUUUAGUUUUUUCUGAACCGUCUUCUAGUCGGUCGCCACGGUCCUCAAGAAGUAGUGUUAUCGAGUUUGAAUAGCAUAUUUCAGCUUACUUCUUGUAAAUUUAAUUCAAUAAUAAAUAAAUACGUAUAGCAA